CUUCUCCAAAAUGGUGGGGAUCCUGGUUGUUGCCACCAUUGAUAACAAUCGUAUAGUAAAAGAUAAUAGAUAACCAUAUUAGAUACGGUAGUGGAAGUGGUACGAGCUUAUCAUUCACGUCUGUACCUACCUAAGGUUAGGUAUCUAAGGUAUUAUCUUUGUGUAUGUUGUUGGGAGUUAUGUGGUGGUUUGCUAAGAGCUAGUAAUGCUAAUACUUAGUAGUAUAACAGAAUAGCGUGGAAUUAUACUCUGUAUUAGUAUGCUAAUAAGUAAGAUUUCAUUAUUCAAGGUUCCAUAGAGUUGCAUUAUUAAUGCGAUAUACUGAGAUGUGUGUGGAUAUCGCCCAGCUGAACUGAUAUUAGUUGAUGGACUUUACAAGGCUGAAAUGGCAAACGUUAAUUGGUCCACGGCUUUCUAGCUGUAACGAGCGCGUGUAACAUGAUCAGCAUUUAAGAAAUCCAACUUGUCAAUCCGGACAAGCCAGAGCCGCGUUUGAUCGUUUGAUCGCAUUACCUUUUGUUCUUUUCUUUUCUUUGUUUUUUUUUCAACGCGUAAUAACUUCGUAACGACAAGAUGCCGCAAACUCAUCCCCGAAACCAAGUAAUACUUGCACCAUCACGGGUGGAUCACGACGGCAUUUUAUCUGUCUUCUUAGCUGGUACUACUACUCCAACUGAUGAUAGGGACUGGCGCGAGGUGUUAACCGAAUCCCUUACGGAUUUGCCCCUCACUGUUAUCAACCCGUAUCGACCAGAUUGGGACUCGAGCUGGCGAGAGGAUAUUACCUGCGAGCCCUUUCGGGAACAGGUGGAAUGGGAACUCGACAUGCAGGAAAAGGCCCAUAUAGUGGUCCUAUUCUUUCAUUCGGCAACCGAGGCCCCCAUCAGCUUACUCGAACUGGGACUUUGCGCUAGAGCCAGAAAAGCCAUUGUCGUGUGCCCUGAGGGGUAUAAGAAGAGGGGAAAUAUUCAGAUUGUAUGCCAAAGAUAUGGACUCGAAAUGGCGGAAAACUUUGACGCGUUGAGGGAGGCUAUAGUGAAGAGGUUGCCAACAGGUUCUUUGUGAAUUUAGGCGGGCUAUUAAAUGUUGAAAAAAUAUUGAAAGUUACCUAGGUGACGUGACAUGAAAAAAAUAAAAAAUCGAAAUAUCCACGGGUAUGGGUUCGGGUUCCUGGUACCUAAACGGGUUUCCAAAUCCACUUAUCUUCAAAGUCCGCCGUCUGGGGAAAGCGGGCCGGGAUUUUCUCCGCCUAAAUCUUGUGGGCGGCCUGGCACCUGCAACUCGGAAAGGUGGAUUUGACGCCC